AAGAGAAGGAAAGGGUGCAUGUGACUGAUCACGCCUCCACCGCAAAAGAGAAAAAAAGGUCCACAUACACUCUCUUCUCUCUCUCUCUUCCGGCGAUUCACUUCAAAUUUCGCAACCGUGCUCCGCCGCAUCCACCGCCGUGGGAACAAAUAUCGCCGCAUCUCUGCGUUUCACGACCUUCCGCCGCCGACGCCGAUUGGACUUAUUAUGAUGUAAGGUCGUUGAACGAAAGAGGAGGGAAAAAUUAGGAUUGAGAUCUGUUGAUUUUUGAUUUUCAAAUGCUUGCGAAGAAUCGGCUGCCGGGAAGCGGCCACACUACUCCGUCUCCUCCGGCGUCUCCUCGCCGUUCUCCUCGUUACCGUCACGGCCGGUCAAAAGCCGCCGGUCGAAUUCCUACCGUUCAGCCAAGUCGGACCCUUGCUCAUCGCCUAUCCUGGAUCCUUUUAUCGGUUCUUCUCCGGCGUCAGGGAAUUUUCCUCUUCGCUCCUCUCAUCUAUAUCUCCUGUAUGCUUCUUUACAUGGGCACCGUUUCGUUCGAUGUUGUUCCCAUCAUCCAGCGUAAGCCUCCGCCAGGAUCCGUCUACAAAAGCCCGCAGGUUUACGCUAAGCUCCGCCCUGAGAUGGACGCCGAUGAUUCCACGGCUGAUGCGAUAUCAACCAUUUGGAAACAUUCCUAUAAAGCUGGGGAGUGGAAGCCGUACGUGAACAAGUCUAGUGGAGCCUUACCCGAUUCAAACGGUUUCAUAUAUGUCGAGGCAAAUGGAGGCUUGAAUCAGCAACGGACAUCGAUAUGCAAUGCGGUUGCUGUGGCAGGCUAUCUAAAUGCAACACUAGUAAUUCCCAACUUCCAUUAUCACAGCAUAUGGAGAGAUCCAAGUAAAUUUGGAGACAUCUACGACGAAGAGUUCUUUGUCAAUACCUUAGCAAAUGAUGUCCGGGUGGUUGAUACAAUUCCUGAAUAUCUAAUGGAACGUUUUGACUAUAACAUGACAAAUGUUUACAACUUCAGAGUUAAAGCAUGGUCACCUAUUCAAUAUUACCGGGACUCCAUCUUGCCGAAGCUACUUGAGGAGAAGGUUAUACGAAUAUCCCCAUUUGCGAACAGACUUUCGUUUGAUGCGCCUCAACCUGUCCAGAGACUUAGAUGUUUGGCGAAUUACGAAGCCUUGAAGUUUUCGAAACCCAUUCUAACCCUAGGGGAAACACUGGUGAAGAGAAUGAAGGAGCAAAGUGCAAACCAUGGAGCGAAGUACGUAUCUGUACAUCUGCGUUUUGAAGAGGACAUGGUGGCUUUCUCCUGUUGUGUAUUUGAUGGUGGUAACCAAGAAAAACAAGAUAUGGUUGCAGCAAGAGAACGAGGAUGGAAAGGAAAGUUUACAAAACCAGGCCGCGUUAUUCGACCUGGUGCUAUUAGGCAAAAUGGAAAAUGCCCGUUAACUCCUUUAGAGGUGGGUUUAAUGCUUAGAGGAAUGGGAUUCAACAAAAGCACAUAUAUUUUCCUUGCGUCUGGUCAGAUAUAUAAUGCGAAUAGAACUAUGGCCCCGCUACUGGAGAUGUUCCCGAACUUACAAACUAAGGAGAUGCUUGCAUCAGAGGAGGAACUUGCUCCGUAUAAGAACUUCUCUUCCAGAAUGGCUGCAAUAGAUUACACGGUCUGUCUCCACAGUGAGGUAUUUGUGACCACACAAGGUGGAAACUUUCCUCAUUUCCUCAUGGGUCAUCGGAGAUAUUUAUACGGUGGACAUUCCAAAACCAUUAGACCGGACAAGCGAAAGUUAGCAAUCCUCUUCGACAAUCCCAACAUAGGAUGGCGAAGUUUUAAACGUCAAAUGCUAAACAUGAGGUCUCAUAGUGACUCGAAGGGGAUUGAGCUAAAACGACCUAAUGACUCCAUUUACACAUUCCCUUGCCCUGACUGCAUGUCCCGUAGGAACAAAACAACAACCCCAGAUUCCAGACCACCUCCUGCCACCUGAAAGCACACAUAUUUUAUUGCCGGCCGACCAGAAUGUAAAGGCCGUGUUCAUUGCUUGUAAUUCUAAUUCUUUCGAAUCAGAGUGGACUUGGCGACUCGGCCCGCGCAGAGUUUUAGGGAGACAGCGUUUGGAGGAUGAAAUCGUCUAUUUAUCUCCGGGAAGGGUCUGCCGAGGAGUAACAGCCACAACAUUGUUUGAUACUUUUGACACAUUGAAGCUGAUGCAUAUAACAGGAGAGAAAAUUUGAGGUUUAGUUCAAUCCCUGGCUGCUGCUGGGGCAAAGAAUAGGACAGUGAUUGGAUCUUGUUUUUUUUUUGGGGUGUUUUACGGUUUGAAACGUUUGCGUUUUGUACAUUUUGUAAACGCAGACGUCAGAGUCUUUGCGUUAGGAGAUAUGUAGAGACGAACAGGAGGGGAGAAGAAGCUGCCCAAAAAGUUUUGUACAUUUGAUUUGGUUAGAGAGUAGAGACCAUCGUGUCUUUUAUUUUUUUGGGUUUAUUUAAUUUAAUUCUUUGAAAUAGGGCUUUAAUUGUUUUCACAAUAUUCUUAUGAUUCUUCAGAGGUGAAUCUUAUGUUUCAUUCAGAAAAUAAUGUUCAAUAUUGAUUUGAUUCUUUAUUUA